AUGUAUGCUCGGCCUUUCAAGAUUUACGGCACAUCCAAUAUCUACAAAGAUAAAGAAGAACUGGGACAAAUGGCAGCGAUGAGAUACGCUGGUUCAAUGUUUGGCUGUCUGGCAAUGGGCAGCAAUUCUGAGGAUGCUCUUGCACUCGGUACGAUGUGGGGCAAGGAGCGAGCAACGAAAUUGCUGAAAGAAGCGGGAUUCAAUAAUGUUACACUGGUUCCUACACCCUAUUUUGAGGGACAGAUUCUGUACGUGUGUGAAAAGCACUCAACAUAA